AGAGGGCGCUAAUCAUCCAAUAAAAAGAUAAUGGCCGUAGUUUCUGGAACUGGAAGUGGGAAUUUUAUACCUGCCCACUCAAGAUUGAUUUCGACCACCGACACUUGUCGUUUAGCCGUGUUGGGAUCGGUUCAAAUGGAGCGUGAAGGUCUGCGGCGAGUAAAUUGUGAGAAAGACGAGGCCAGGUAAGCCCAGGGGGCUGUCACGACACGAUACAGAGUCAAGAAAUACGGCCAGAAAUUUACACAUGAUGAGCGCUGUGCGAGAGUACGAGUCGGCUGCACCGCUGGCCGACAUUGAGUGUAUUCAGCAUGGGGAACGCGUUGGGUACAUGAGCGACGAUCACCCCGACGAUCGACACUAUGCGUGGCGUGGUGACUCGACCCUGCCCAGGUCUUUCAAGACAGGGGUGGGCGGGGACGGGAGCUUUGCUCAGGGGAGGGGCUAUGAUUACGAACAGGAAUAUUGGCCCCAGAAAACCGCAAGCCUUCCGCGGAGUGUGGCGAACGGCGUCAACAGGACACACAAUGUUCGGGAGAAUUUUAUCGCUGGGGGUUUACGGUCACACGGACUGCAGCAGACUUUGACUGGCAGCAGACCCAACGUUGUAAGUUAUAGCGACGAGCAUGUCGUCCGGCAGAACAUGAACAAUAGUCCUGACCGACGAGGGUUGAACGAUAAUGUGAGAUCGCUCUCGCCAAGUUCGAACACAUCAAGUUUGUCGUCGCCAAAGCAACCGAGUUUAGGAAGUCACGGCAGCAUAUCCCCGAGCAACUCGCUGAGCCCACACAAGAAGAAAUCCCACAAACCCUCAUUCCGCGCUUUCGGCAGCCUGAUUCAGAAAAUGAUGCGGCAGAUCCGUAACAUGGACGAGUCCAAAAGCCCCGUCGAUGAUACGAGAAGCGUCCACACAAAUGACGACUUGGACAAUCAAGGCGUGCAUUUAUCACCCAUCAGCUCCAACCCCGUCAGGCUAAAUGGCAAAGUACCCGGACUUGCGGGACUCAGAAACCACGGCAACACAUGCUUCAUGAAUGCCAUUGUUCAGUGUUUGAGCAACACCGACAUGCUUGCGGAAUACUUUGUCCUGGAGCAAUACCAACAAGACAUGCGACGGAGCAAGAAAAACAACAAGAAAUUCGGUACGAAAGGCGAGGUGACAGAACAGUUAGCCCUGUUGAUGAAAUCGGUCUGGUCAUGUCAGUACCUACCCCAGCACACCACGGAAUUCAAACGCAUCGUGUCCAAGUACAGCGGUCAGUUCCGUGGAAAUGACCAACACGAUGCUCAAGAAUUUCUCAUCUGGCUUCUUGACAAAGUGCAUGAAGAUUUGAACUGUGCUCCAAAGAAGAAAUAUAAACAGGUCAAGAAUCGUCAUAAUAAGAAUGACGAGCUCCUGGCAGCCGAGAUGCUAGCCAAUCACAUGCGUCGUAACAACAGCUUCAUCCACGACCUGUUCCAGGCGCAGUUCCGCUCCUCCUUGACCUGUCCCCACUGCGGUCGCCAGAGCAACACCUUCGACCCCUUUGUGUGCGUCUCGCUGCCCAUCCCGCAGCGCACGACGCGCGUCAUGGCCGUCGCUGUAGUGUACAUGGACCGUGAGCCCCGGGUGGUGCGUGUCGGCGUCGUGAUGGAUGUCGGGGCCACCGUGGCCGAUCUGAGGGCAGAGGUGGCACGGCAGUGCAGCGUGGCGGUUACGAGGAUUGUUCUGACAGAGGUCUGCUUUGACGGCUUCUAUCGUUCCUACCACGACAAUCUCCCACUGAGCGAGCUGCGGGAGAGUGACAGCGUGUACGCUAUAGAGACCCCCCACAUUGCUCAGGCCCUGGCCUCAAAUACGCAGAUGCAAGAAUACGUGCACGUCCACUGCAACCGACCUGUCAGAGAGGUCGUUACCAUGGUGAUACUCAACCAACAGGGCAUCGGGAAGACCGGUAGAAGGUUUGGUCAUCCAAUAGCCAUUGAGGUUGACCGUAGUAUCACCAAUCAGCAGCUGAGGGUUGUCAUCCUGAAGAAGAUGGGCUGUAGUCACGUGGACCAGGUCCUGACUAAGGGUCCCCUUCUGAGGGUCGGGGUAGUCACGGACGCAAAGGGCUCCCGACACUUCUCGACGCCGGACGAGACCAGACCGCUACACAACCCCGUCAUCACUAGGUUGUUAAAGGCUACAGCUGAAGAGGGAGGACCGUCGCACAUCAAGGCAGUGAUAGAGUGGGAACACGACAUCCGAUUCACAUUUUCUCAGAGAGUUUUGAGUAUCUUCAUUGAAGAGGAUGAGAGUGUACAGAGACAGAGAUUGGCCCAUCAGCAGCCAGUCAAAGCAUCGCUGGCUGACUGCAUGGAUCUCUACACACAGGAAGAAAAGCUUGGGCCAGACAAUGCCUGGAGUUGUCCCUUUUGUAAGAAGCUCCAGCAGGGUUCUAAGCGGCUUAGCCUGUGGUCUCUACCUGACAUAUUGGUCAUACAUCUCAAGAGGUUCAAGCAGCUGACUACCAGUCGCAUCAAGCUCAACACCCUAGUAGAGUUCCCCAUCCAUGGUCUCAACAUGUCCCAGUACAUCGCACGCCGGCAGCAGAAUGCCCACGCCGCCUCGCUGAACGCACUGACUGGAUGGUCGCCAUGGCGACACAUCCACAGGCGCCGGACGCAUCACGUGACGGAACAUGUGUAUGAUCUGUACGCAGUGUGUAACCACAUUGGCAGCAUGCAAGGCGGACACUAUACAGCUUUCUGUCGCAAUCCUGCCGACAACCAGUGGUACAACUUUGACGACGCUAAAGUCACCCCUCUAGCAGAGGACUCCCUGGUAACCCGCAACGCCUACAUCCUGUUCUACCACCGCCGGGCCCUGUCGGGUACCGGCAGCGCUAGUUCUAGCUCGAGCAGUUCCACGUGCUCGUCAGGCUCGGACCACUGGAUCUACCGCAUCCCGGCCGUGAGGCAGCAACAGCAGCAUCAGCAACAACUCGGGUCCAGUCAAGAAGACGUGCUGUCUGAGGCUUCUAAUGAUAAUAGUUUGUCCUCUGGCAGGGAGGGGUCAGGGGAGGGGGGUAAGGGGGGAAUGAGAGGUGAAAGGUCACAGAGUCUGGGCAGGAGGAACAACUCGCAGGAUGACCUCAGCGAUGCAGAGGACUUCGGCGGUUUUGCCUGCCAGCAGCGGCCGUUUGUCCGUGGUGUCUUUGCCAGCGCCACCUUGCCGCGCUCCCUUCACCAGGGCAUCAGGUACAUCGACAGCGACGCUGAGAGCGUCAUGACGGAGUCCUGCGUAUGAUUGACGUCCGAUUGUCCAAUCUGACAAAGAGUUUGUUGACAAAGAGUGUAAUUAACUCUCAGUCUUGUUUCUUGAAUGUGAAGAUGUGGUUGAGAUAUCUGUCGAAAGUCUUUUCAUAGGUUCAUACUUAAUGCGAAUGGGAAUGCGAGUUGGACUUGAUUUCACAAAACAUUUGUUGAAAAAUUUGCAGCUGUAGGAGUGUGUUCUCAACAACUACGAACUUGAAGCGCGAAAGUGAAAUUUUCAAUUGUCUUAAAGGAAUACUUUUUUGAUACAUCUGGAAAGGCUUCUAGUAUAGGGCACGCUCAAUGACGGCCAUCUCUGUAGAACUGCAGCUGCGUAUUUUACGCAAUCAUGCACACAUUAUGCAGCGUUGAAAAUGUUCCAAACAUGCAUGCUUGUUGCUCGAAAUGUGUUUGAAAUACGACGCAGCCAAUGUGCGUUGUGCAAGUUGACGCUCAAAAUGCUGAUGCACGUGGAUGGUCCGUAGGAAAUGACGUCAUUUGAACGAGACCUAUGGCUUUGCAAGAAUUGUAGAGUUUGGUGCCAUGGUAUAUUCUUAAAAUUAAAAACUUUCCUUUUUAUAUAGGCAUAUGUUUUAAAAAUCCUUGAAGAUUAAAAAUUUGUGAAGACACCCACACAUUAGAGUGUAUUCGUUGUCAAAAGUUCCAUGAAAUGCCCAUAUGGCUGAGUUAGUAACUUCCUGUGUGUUUUUAAUCAUGAAAAACAAUUGAAAUGUACAGUCAGUGCAAUUAUUCAAUAAUGCAGAAAAGUCUAUUAGAAGUAGGGGGGCCCCCUUCAGCUAAGGUUGUGAACUUGUGAUCCAAGCAUUGUCCUCUUGACAAAUUGUAGAGACUUUUAGACGAAAGUUUGCACAAUUUUCUUUUCUUUUUUUUCCAGUUUUGUAAAUACUUCAAGAUUGCUUUCAGAAGACUUGUACUGAAUUGAUUUGCAAACCAAAGAAAUGCAAAUUGCUUGAUCUUUCCUACAUUGUCUCAUCUUACAUAUUUUUAUCUGAAGCACAGAAUAAUUCAUAUUAAGAUAUUUCUUUCUUUCAUUUUUAUUUUCAGAUUUUUAAAGCUCAAGGUCACACGGUUUUCUGACAUUUUGUUUGUGGUUUAAGUAUUAGCGCGAUUUUUAACAAAAAUAAUUUCAAGCCUUUUCUUUAAUAGUAAUAAGUGCUUUUCAUGUUUCAUUUUUUAAAAUUAUUUCGUUUUACUUACCGCAGAGUUCAUAAUGCUAAACAGCUGUAAUCACAGCAAUGCCGAUGAGAUCGGCCCAAAGCGCCCUCUAUUGUCAUGCACAUACCGGUAGUUGGAUGGAACAAUGCGCACUUCAGCAAAAGCACCAAAAAUAAUUCCCAUUUUGUGGUUCGUCUCUCAGAGUUUAAUAAGUCAAACAAAAGUUUUUGUUCAUUUCGUGAACUUUUCAAAGGUGUUUGCCACACAAGAAUAAUUUUUAUACAAACUGUGAUCAUUUGAUAGGUGGUGUAGAAAAGACAAUCGUGAAAAUAUCAAAUUAUAAAUUGUAAAAAUACUUUUUAUCAACAGUCUUUUUAUCUUAUGAAUUUUUUAUUCCGAAUACUUUCUGUUGCUUGUGUGGUCAUACACAUUGCAUUUCUGUCUUGACAAUCAUACAUUUUUAGUAUGUUUUUAAAUGGUUUACCAUCGUUUCAUAUCUUUCAAAGAAUCAAAGGCUUUCAAUUUUAAAACAAGUGGCAACAAAAGAAUUGGAUGAGGUGGUAUUUAAUGAAAAGUAUAGCUUUUAUAGAGCGUGUAAGUCUCGCAACUCCACGUUUACUUUUCUGUGAACGUCUUGGUACGAAAUAAUAAUCAGGGCACUUAAUAUAGCGUUCUUACACAAACAGGUAUCACAAUGCUUUACACAAGAAAACAAUUAAAGUGUAUAAUACAAAAUGAUGAAGGGAAAUAACAACAACCUAUGGGGCAAUUGAGUCUGGAAGAGAUGUGUUUUAAGCAAUGUUUUAAAGUCAGUAAGGGAAGUGACAUGACGGAUUUCAUAAGGAACAUUAUUCCAAAGGUUUGGAGCAGCUGCAUAAAAACUUUUUGUGGAGAUUAAAGAACGAGUUUUGGGUUUAGUGCGGAUUCUGGUAUCAGAACUGGAACGCAGUGUCUAGUCACGGUCUCUUGUGUUUGAAUUUACCCACUUGUUAUCAAUUGAAUGGAAGUUGAGGUCAACAAUUUAAAUUGUACAAUAGUCAUCAAUUUGCAAUAUUUUCAAUAUGUUGUAAAUUGUAAUGCAUUCUUUUCUUUUGAAAUACCCAUUGAUGGCCCUUUGAUGGGAUGGGCCCAGUCAGGGCACAACAUAAAUGCAAA